CACCGUCUUUUCUCGGUUCCUUCGGUCAGUCGUAUCCCAUCGCCGGAAAACCAGUUCAGUCCACACUCGUCAACUCAUCCUGCUGAAAUGUCGCGGCCAAGAGUCUUCUUCGAUGUCACCCUUGACGAUAAACCCAUGGGCCGGAUUAUUAUGGAGCUCCGGGACGAUGUUGUUCCCAAGACCGCUGAAAACUUCCGUGCCCUCUGCACUGGUGAGAAGGGCUUUGGUUACAAGGGCUCCAUCUUCCACCGCAUCAUCCCCGACUUCAUGUGCCAGGGUGGUGACUUCACCAACCACAACGGAACCGGUGGAAAGUCCAUCUACGGUAACAAGUUCGGUGAUGAGAACUUCACCCUGAAGCACACCACCGCCGGCAUCCUGUCAAUGGCCAACGCUGGACCAAACACCAACGGGUCCCAGUUCUUUAUCUGCACAGCCAAAACCGCAUGGCUCGAUGGAAAGCACGUGGUGUUCGGCGCCGUGGUGGAGGGUUUGGACGUGGUGGCGGCAAUGGAGAAAAAAGGCACCCAGAGCGGUAAAACCAAUGGCAGGCUCGCCAUCGCCGACUGCGGGCAGCUCUGAGCUGGAGCUCUUAACCCUUUCUGCUCGUCCUGAAACCCCAUCGCCAUUCCACAGUCCUGUUGAUGGAGAUUCAAAUGACCCCCCUUCACCUUCCCUCUUGGUUUUUUAUUCUGUUGUUGACAUCAUGUUGCUGCAUUUGUGACUUUGCCUUUUGAAGUUUAUUUUGCCUUAACGUUUGUUUCCACAAAGUCCCAACGGUUUUUUGUUAAUUCAAAAAAUGAAGAAAGUAAAACUGAAAAGUUGCCUUGACAAUUGAAAUGUUUGUUUUUUAUUACAUAGAAACUUAAAAAAAUAUAUUUCUUAUUAAUUAUAAGAUUGUCUUAAAGCCAUAGUAACAUCAUAGUCAGCAUUUUACCACCAACAUGAUACCGCACAACUCGAUCGUACCAGUGAGUUAGAAGUGAAGGUCAGCAUAGUUUCAGUCCAUACAUGAGGGUAUAUUAUCACUGCUAUUCAUAUCCACAACUCCUUAAAAAUGUUCCAAAAAUUAAGCAGCGAUAACGGAAAGGA